CUUUGCCCUUGUUAAGCUCUCUCCAGUUGGGCACUGGACUCUUCUCUAUCUCACCUCUAUUUUCUCUCUUUUCUCUUGACCCCAUUGACCUGAUUGACCUCCGAAACAUGGCCACUCCCUUCCUCGUCUCCUACGACCCCGCCUCCGCGUCCGGCGGCCUCUCCCUCCAGCAGAUCGCCUACUUCGGCCGCGUUCUGAUCAAGGCUACCGACCUCGCCCAGGCUGAGACCUUUAUCCGACAAAAUUUCCGCCUACUCGAUAUCUACGUCGACGCAACUGGCAUCUCCGCAACGGGCGAUCUUGUCGACAUCCUCAACGCCGGCGCGGCCAAGAUCUUCAUCUCCCUUGACCAAUUGAAUGCCCUCUCCGAAGAACAAUCCGUCCCCUCGUCACGGCUCGUUGUCUACACUUCUUCCAACGACCAAGUGGAAGCGUUUCAGAAAUGGGUGGUUAAGCACAUUGAGCGCGAAGAGGCCGGCCUGUGCACGGACUCGGCCGUUGUCCACUCUAUCUCUGUGAAGCUCGGACUGAACCCGGAAGCCCAGCUUCUCUACCGUACAUAUUCUGGAGACGUGACCGAGGAUGCGGUCAAGGAUACAAUGAAGCAGGGAGGUGUCAGUAUUGUUCCUGCGGCCGCUCUGACUAUCAGCCGCGAGGAGUCCAGUGGGAAGAUCCAGGCGGGUUCUUUGAUUGCUGCGCGGGGUGUCAAGGACCAGGGUAAUGGUCUGUAUGCCACAACAGUAACGGACGAGAGGGGUACUUGCUUGGGGUUUGUGUGGAGUAGCGACGAGAGUAUCGCGGAGGCUCUGCGUACAGGCACCGGUGUCUACCAGAGCCGGAAGCGUGGUCUGUGGUACAAGGGUCAAUCCAGCGGUGACGUACAGGAGUUGAUCCGCAUCGGAUUUGACUGCGACAGCGACUGCUUGGUUUUCAUCGUGAAGCAGAUCGGAAGAGGUUUCUGCCACCUCGGCACCGCCAGCUGUUUCGGACCUUACACCGGUUUAUCACGCCUCCAAAAGACGCUACAAGCCCGCAAGGCCGAUGCCCCGGCCGGCUCGUACACCGCGCGACUGUUCAACGAGCCUAAGCUUACACAAGCCAAGAUCAUGGAAGAGGCUGACGAGUUGUGUCGUGCGGAAACAAAGGAGGAUAUCGCUUUCGAAGCAGCCGAUCUUUUGUACUUUGCGCUCACCCGCUGUGUUGCCGCCGGUGUCAGCCUUGAGGAUGUCGAGAGAAACCUUGACUUGAAGAGCCUAAAGGUGAAGCGGAGAAAGGGUGACGCCAAGGGCCCUUGGGCAGAGAAGGCUGGUCUUGCCGAGAAGCCUGCUGAAGCGAAGCCUGCUCCGAAGCCAGAGGAGCCAAAGGAAGACACGUCUCGGAUCGAGAUGACCCGUGUCGCUACCGCUUCGACGCCGGCGGAGAAGGUCCAGGAGUACCUCAAGCGGCCAUCGCAAAAGUCAAACGACGCCAUUGUCGGCCUUGUCAAGCCCAUCAUUCAGGAUGUCCGUGAGCAGGGUGAUGCUGGUGUUCUUAAGUACACACAUAAGUUCGAAAAGGCCACAUCUUUGACCUCACCUGUCCUCAAAGCACCGUUCCCGGCCGAGCUGAUGAAGCUGUCACCAGAAGUUCAGGAGGCGAUUGAUGUCAGUAUUUCCAACAUUGCCAGAUUCCACAGCGCCCAGAAAGGCAGCAAUGAUGCAUUGUCGAUGGAGACCAUGCCUGGCGUAGUCUGCUCCCGCUUCUCGCGGCCCAUUGAGCGUGUUGGUUGCUACAUUCCCGGUGGAACGGCCGUGCUGCCAUCUACUGCAAUGAUGCUUGGUGUUCCCGCCAUGGUUGCCGGCUGCAAGAAGAUCGUCUUUGCCUCUCCACCUCGUGCCGACGGCAGCAUCACCCCCGAGAUUGUCUAUGUCGCACACAAGGUUGGAGCGGAGAGCAUCGUCCUUGCUGGAGGCGCGCAGGCUGUAGCAGCCAUGGCCUACGGUACUGAGAGCGUCAGCAAGGUCGACAAGAUUUUGGGACCUGGUAAUCAGUUCGUGACCGCCGCCAAGAUGUUGGUUUCCAACGAUACCUCCGCUGGUGUCAGCAUCGACAUGCCUGCCGGACCUAGUGAGGUUCUCGUCAUUGCCGACAAGGCCGCCAACCCCGCCUUCGUUGCUUCAGACCUUCUCAGCCAAGCAGAACACGGUGUCGAUUCCCAGGUCAUUCUCAUCGCGAUUGACCUGAACGAGCAGGAACUGAAAGCCAUUGAAGAUGAGGUAGAUCGCCACGCCCGUGCUCUUCCUCGCAUGGACAUCGUCCGUGGAUCCCUCGCACACUCCGUCACCUUUGUUGUUAGGGACCUUGAUGAGGCAAUGGCUCUGAGCAACGAUUACGCUCCUGAGCAUCUCAUCCUGCAAAUCCAGAAUGCAGAGGCCGCUGUCGAGAAGGUCCAAAAUGCGGGAUCUGUUUUCAUCGGACAGUGGACGCCUGAGAGUGUGGGUGACUACUCUGCUGGUGUCAACCACUCAUUGCCAACAUAUGGCUACGCCAAGCAGUACUCCGGAGUCAACCUUGGCUCCUUCCUCAAGCACAUCACCUCCUCAAACCUAACGGCGGAUGGUCUUCUGCGUCUGUCCAAGACUGUCGAGACGCUCGCGGCUGUGGAGGGAUUAGAUGCCCACAAGCGGGCAGUGAGCAUCCGUGUUGCGGCUAUGAAGCAGGAGCAGUUGUAG